AACUCCCUCCCCUUAACCCUUCCUUCUCCGGCUGGGAGAGAGAGUUUGCUCCUUUGGCCUCUCCCUCCUCCUCCUCCUUGUUGCAGCCUGUCUCCUCCUUCUCAUCCUUCUCCUUCUGAAAGAAAAUGUGAUUUUUGGUGGAGAAUUUUUGAGUGGAGCCUAUUCAGGGAUUUCUUUGCCUUGAAUAAAGAGGGAGGGGAAGCAUCUUGGAUACAGUUUGGUUUUCCAUCAAACAGUGGUUCCAGCAUGGAGAGACUCAACUCACCUGGACCUGAAGUGGGCAGGGCCCCCAAGAGCAGUGGGGAAUAUUUGGAAAGAACUACGCAGAAGUUCCUAAAUACGCACAUGCAACACCAGCUCUUCAGGCAGUCUUCCUACCACGAGGGCGAGGGGCCCAGAGAGGUUUGCAGCCGCCUCCAUGAUCUCUGCCGCCAGUGGCUGAAGCCAGAGCAACACAGCAAGGCUGAGAUGCUGGACCUGGUGAUCCUGGAGCAGUUCCUGAGCCUCCUGCCCCCAGAGAUGGGGAGCUGGGUCCGAGAGUGUGGGGCAGAGACCUCUUCCCAGGCGGUGGCCCUGGCGGAAGGCUUCCUCCUGAGUCGGGCAGAGGACAAGAGCCAGGAAGGACAGGCCCAAAAUAACUACAUUGAAGUCCACCCUGAUGUCUCUGAAUCAGAGAAACCUCCAUCAAACAUAAUCCAGAGUCACCAGCAGAAGGAGCUCAAGCAGGAAGGAGAUGGGACUGUAGCCUUGGAGGGGGCUGGAAUGACGUUCCUGAAUCCUCAGUCGUUUCUUCCCCUUUGUGAUGGAGUGGAACUGAAUCAGGUCCCAAUUGUUUUUGAGGACGUGGCUGUCCAUUUCUCCCUGGAGGAGUGGGCUCUUCUGAAUCCUGAUCAGAAAGUCUUGUAUGUGGAGAUCAUGGAGGAGAUUCAUGGGAUUGUGGACUCUCUCGUAGAUAAUGGGGAGAAGAGCAAUGUAUGCACCAAACACAGCAAGCAUUUUGGGCAGAAUGUGGGCCUUCCUAGACACCAGCAAGCCCAAAGUGAAGAUGAAGAUUCUGCCAGAGAAAGGCCCUACAAAUGUAAUGUAUGUGGUCAAAAUAUGGCACUAGUGCUUCACAAGACAAUCCAUGCUGGGAAAAGCCAUCUUAAAUGGAAAGUAUCAGCAAAAUGUGUGGUUGAUCACAAAUUGUCAGAUCUGAGCCAACAAGAACUCUUUGAAGGAACCAGGCAUUACAGUUCACAAUUGGUGAGCCACAAAAGAUUCCACACAGGAGAGAAGCCAUACCAAUGCCAGGAGUGUGGAAAAUGUUUUGCUCACAGUUCAGCCUUGGUGAGCCACAAAAGACUCCACACAGGAGAGAAACCAUACCAAUGCCAGGAUUGUGGGAAAUGUUUUACUAACAGUUCACACUUGGCGAGCCACAAAAGACUCCACACAGGAGAGAAACCAUACCAAUGCCAGGAGUGUGGGAAACGUUUUACUAACAGCUCAAACUUGGUGACCCACAAAAGAUUCCACACAGGAGAGAAGCCAUACCAAUGCCAGGAGUGUGGGAAAUGUUUUGCUGACAGUUCACUUUUGGUGCGUCACAAAAGAUUCCACACAGGAGAGAAGCCAUACCAAUGCCAAGAGUGUGGGAAAUGUUUUGCUUACAUUUCAUGCUUGGUGAGCCACAAAAAACGCCACACAGGAGAGAAGCCAUACCAAUGCCAGCAGUGUGGGAAAUGUUUUGCUGACAGUUCAGGCUUGGUGAGCCACAAAAGACUCCACACAGGAGAGAAGCCGUACCAAUGCCAGGAGUGUGGGAAAUGUUUUGCUUCCAGUUCACACUUGGUGAGGCACAAAAGACUCCACACAGGAGAGAAGCCAUACCAAUGCCAGGAGUGUGGGAAAUGUUUUGCUUACAGUUCAGCCUUGGUUAAACACAAAAGACUCCACAUAGUAGAGAAGCCAUACCAAUGCCAGGAUUGUGGCAAGUGUUUUGCUUUCAGUUCAGAUUUGGUGAGCCAUAAAAAAUUCCACACAGGAGAGAAACCAUACCAAUGCCAGGAGUGUGGGAAAUGUUUUACUCAGACUUCAUCCCUUAACAAGCACCAGAAAAUACACAAAGGCCAAAGUAACACUGGGCAAGGAAGGGUUAAGGGGAGGGAGUUUGGUUCCCAGAGAGGCAGGAAGGAAGUGGGCCUCUUUAGACUUGCCUUUCCUGUCUCUCUAAGAAUCAAACUCCCUCCACUUAACCCUUCCUUGUCCAGCUGGGAGAGGGGAGUUUGUCCCUUUGGCCUCUCCCUCCUCCUCCUCCUCCUGGCAGCCUGUCUCCUCCUUCUCCUCCUCCUCCUGAGGAAAUGUGAUUGUUGGGUGAGAAUUUUGGAGUGGAGCCUGUUCAGGGAUUUCUUUUCCUUGAAUGAAGAGGGAGGAAAGGCAUCUUGGAUACAGUUUGGUUUUACAUCAAACAGUGGUUCCAACAUGGCGAGACCCAAAUCACCUGGACUUGAAGUAGGCAGGGCCUUGGGGACCAGUGGGGAAUUCUGGAAAAGACCUACACAGACGUUCCUGAAUGCACACAUACAGCACCAGCGCUUCAGGCAGUCCUACCGAGAGGGCGAGGGACCCAGAGAGGUUUGCAGCCACCUCCACGAUCUCUGCCGCCAGUGGCUGAAGCCAGAGCAACACACCAAGGCUGAGAUGCUGGACCUGGUGAUCCUGGAGCAGUUCCUGAGCCUCCUGCCCCCAGAGAUGGGGAGCUGGGUCCGAGAGUGUGGGGCAGAGACCUCUUCCCAGGCGGUGGCCCUGGCGGAAGGCUUCCUCCUGAGUCGGGCAGAGGACAAGAGGCAGGAAGAACAGUCCCAAAAUAACUACAUUAAAGUCCACCCUGAUGUCGCUGAAUUAGAGAAACCUCCAUCAGACACAGUCCAGGGUCUCCAGCAGAAGGAACUCAAGCAGGAAGGAGAUGGGACUAUAGCCUUGGAGGGGGCUGGAAUGACGUUGUUCCCGAAUCCUCAUUUGUUUCUUCCCCUUUGUGAUGGAGUGGAACUGAAUCAGGGCCCUAUUGUUUUUGAGGAUGUGGAUGUCCAUUUCUCCCUGGAAGAGUGGAUUCUCCUGAAUCCUGAUCAAAAAGUCUUGUAUGUGGAGAUCAUGGAGGAGAUUCAUGGGAUUGUGGACUCUCUCGUAGAUAAUGGGGAGAUGAGCAAUGUAUGCACCAAACACAGCAAGCAUUUUGGGCAGAAUGAGGGCCUUCCUAGACACCAGCAAGCCCAAAGUGAAGAUGAAGAUUGUGCCAGAGAAAAGCCCUUCAAAUGUAAUGUAUGUGGUCAGUGCUUUACCCAAAAUAUGGCACUAGUGCUUCACAAGACACUCCAUGCUGCGGAAAACCAUCUUAAAUGGAAAGUAUCCGCCAAAUAUGUGGUUGAUCAUAAAUUGGCAGAUGUGGGCCAACAAGAAAUCUUUGAAGGAACCAAGGAUUACAGUUCACAAUUGGUGAGCCACAAAAGACAUCAAACAGGAGAGAAGCCAUACCAAUGCCAGGAGUGUGGGAAAUGUUUUGCUGGCAGAUCAACCUUGGUGAGGCACCAAAGACUCCACACAGGAAAGAAGCCAUACCAAUGCCAGGAGUGUGGGAAAUAUUUUGCUUACAGUUCGGCCUUAGUGAGCCACAAAAGAAUCCACACAGGAGAGAAGCCAUAUCAAUGCCAGGAGUGUGGGAAAAAUUUUGUUGAAAAUUCAGCCUUGGUGAAGCACAAAAGACUCCACACAGGAGAGAAGUCAUACCAAUGCCAGGAGUGUGGGAAAUGUUUUGCUUACAGUUCAGACAUGGUGAGCCACAAAAGACUCCACACAGGUUUAAAACCAUACCAAUGCCAGGAGUGUGGAAAAUGCUUUGCUAACAGUUCAGCCUUGGUGAGGCACAAAAGACUCCACACAGGAGAGAAACCAUACCAAUGCCAGGAGUGUGGGAAGUGUUUUGCUCACAGUUCAGACUUGGUGAGCCACAAAAGACUCCAUACAGGAGAGAAGCCAUUCCAAUGCCAGGAGUGUGGGAAAUGUUUUGCUUAUAGUUCAGCCUUGGUGAGCCACAAAAGACUUCAUACAGGAGAGAAGCCAUACCAAUGCCAGGAGUGUGGGAAAUGUUUUGCUGACAGUUCAGCCUUGGCAAGCCACAAAAGACUCCACACAGGAGAGAAGCCAUACCAAUGCAAGGAGUGUGGGAAAUGUUUUCCUCGCAAUUCACACUUGGUGAGGCACAAAAGACUCCACACAGGAGAGAAGCCUUACCAAUGCCAGGAGUGUGGAAAAUAUUUUGCUUACAGUUCGGACUUGGUGAGCCACAAAAGACUCCACACAGGAGAGAAACCAUACCAAUGCCAGGAGUGUGGGAAAUGUUUUGCUUACAGUUCAGACUUGGUGAAACAUAGAAGACUCCACACAGGAGAGAAGCCAUACCAAUGCCAGGAGUGUGGCAAGUGUUUUGUUUACAGUUCAGCCUUGGCGAGCCAUAAUAGAUUCCACACAGGAGAGAAACCAUACCAAUGCCUGAAGUGUGGGAAAUGUUUUACUCAGACUUCAUCCCUUAACAAGCACCAGAGAAUACACACAGGCCAAUAAACAUCCUUUGUGGGUAAACAUCUCAUUUCAAAAAGGUCAGUUUGAGAAGUUCUGCCUAAGAUUGGUUAGAUUCCCCUUUCUUGUCAUUUGAAUCCCUAAGUGGAGUUCCUGUUCUUGGAGCAACGGAAGGCAAGCUUCUGAUGACAAUCCUUCAGAGGGUUAAAUACGAUCGCCAUGUCACCUAUUCUGUAGAAAAAAUAAACCAUAUGUAAUUCUAUCAGUUAUUACUCUGGGCUUAAUUUCCAGCUCCUUUACUUCCUUGGUUGGAAAGUUCCAGUUUGCAAAUGUUGUUUUUCAGCCAGGAUUCCAGAAUUGAACACUGCACUUCUGCUGAGACCAAGCCAAAGGAAAAGAUGCUUACAGUAUUAUUACCAUUGAUGUGCAAAUCGUAUCUCUGGCUAGCAUUUUCUGGCUGUUUCCCUGCUCCUGACACACAAACUUUUAAUCCACAUUAAAUUGAAAAACACGA